CCCACCCUUUGUAUAAUAUAUCAAUAUUUGCGCAUAAAGGCAUAGAACUAUGGUCUAAUUUAUCAGCUGUGGUGAGGUAAUAUUAAAUAUUGCAAAAUGUUUUAAUAGAAACAGUUGACUUUCUUGUCAAGUACAUCGAUUACAUUUUACAGUGUAGAUUUUUCAAAGUAGCUAAUCUUUUGCAGACAGCCCCUUGGCUUCAGUUUCACUAACCAAUUAAACCAACCAUCCCAGCAUACUUCGCGUGUGCAACGGCUUCUGACUUUAUGCUCAUUUAAAUAUUUUGUUGGCCUGUUCUGGAUUAAUAGGUCAAGAAUCUGGACCGGACCAUAUUGGAUUCUCCUACCAUUACCGUGCAAAGCAGUUUAUAUAGUCAAACAAAGCACAGCGAGUGAAAGGGGCUACCUGCUGUAGCUAGCUGACGUUAGCAUUGGCUAGCAGGUGAGUUCGGGACUAAACCGGGAGGCAGCUAGCUACGGAUCUGAACAAGACUUCCUAAUCAGAUGGAACUGGAGUCGGGAAGAACCGAACUUGGAGCUAUGGGAGAUUCGCUUCAACCUCAAACCCCAAGUCGACACGAGAAGAGUCUAGGAUUGCUUACAACCAAAUUUGUAACUUUGCUACAAGAGGCCAAGGAUGGAGUUCUAGACCUGAAAGCAGCAGCAGACACUUUAGCUGUACGACAGAAGCGCCGCAUCUACGACAUCACCAAUGUGCUCGAAGGCAUCGGAUUGAUCGAGAAGAAGUCCAAGAACAGUAUUCAGUGGAAGGGUGUUGGGCCUGGCUGUAACACACGGGAGAUAGCUGAUAAGCUCAUUGAUCUAAAGGUAGAGCUUGAUGAUCUGGACAAGAGGGAGCACGAGUUGGAUCAGCAGAGGGUCUGGGUCCAGCAGAGCAUCAAGAACGUGACGGACGACUCACAGAAUAGCCCUAUGGCUUAUGUAAAACACGAAGACCUCUGCAGUGCAUUCAAAGGUGACACCCUCCUAGCAAUCCGCGCUCCCACAGGCACACAGUUGGAGGUGCCCAUACCGGAGUCUGUACUGAAUGGACAGAGGAAGUAUCAGAUCCGUCUCAAGAGCUCAGCAGGACCCAUUGAGGUUCUUCUAGUAAACAAGGACCCGUCCAGCCCGUCUCCAGUGGUACUGCCCGUCCCCCCACCAGAGGACAUGCUCCAGAGCCUGCCAGUGCCUGCUUCUGCUGCUAACCCAAAACCAGCACCUGCUGCCCCCUCCCAGCCCAACCAGCCUCUGACCCCCUCCUCCAACCCCAGUUCUGCCACACUCUCACCUGCCUGCACAGCUACUACCAACCAGGCAGUCACCACCGCAGUGUCCAGCAAAAACACCAGCACACUGACUGUUUCCACACCCACUACAAACACAACUGCCCAACCGACACCCCUGUUGGACACCCAGCCUCUCCAGUCCUCUGCCUCAUUGGAUGUCUUCUCUUCCUCAUCUUCAGCAGUCUUCGAACCAAUCAAGACUGACCCCUCAGAACUGCUGGAUUUCCCCAAAGAACUUUCUGAUAUGUUUGACCCAACUAAAGAGAUCAUGAGUGCAGACCUGUUGGAGGAGUUGAUUUCUUCUGAGGUGUUCUCUCCACUCCUCCGUUUGUCUCCCCCUCCGGGUGACCAUGACUACAUCUAUAACCUUGACGAAACCGAAGGCCUUUGUGACCUCUUUGAUGUUCCUAUCCUUAACCUUUGACCUCUGAGCUGAGUUCCCAAUAGUGUUUAAUGUAAGGAAAUCUAAGAACAAACCAUUUUUACCAUUUUAUAUGGAAAAGACAAAUGAGUGAUUCUAUUUUUGGAUCCCUGUGUAUUAGAAGAUUGUUCUGUGUAAAAAGAAAUGUUUUGAUGUCAGUCUGACCUGACCCUCUUCUUUCUCUUACCGAAAUCGUUCCCAAAUCUUUCCACUAAACAUUGGCAGGAAAUGUUUCAGGGCGUAGUGGCUCUAGGUUAGAUGAAAAGGGGGGGAUAAAGAAAUAUUGUCCUCUCUGAACUGAUGAUCGCUCAGGUGAAAUGCCUUAUUUUCAUACUGGUCUGUGAUUUAACUAUAUUCCCUCCAUCCAUCUAUGUUUUGAAGUAAGUUACAAACUGGCAAAAGCAGUCAUCAUCGCACUCUGAUCCUCAUCAACAGUGUCAACAGAUUCAGAGACACCCAGGCAACUGCACACACUCGUACAGUACGCGUGAAUGUGUACACACACACAGCUGAUCAAAUACGCACUGUUGUUCUGUGUAUAUAGAGAAUAUAUAUAUUUUGUAUUACCAGCAUUUGUGGCGUUAAGUGUGUAAUGAACUCCAUGUGUAAUACAGUGAACCAGGGUUCCAGACGAAGACAUGAUAAGAGAGAGUUUUAGGUGUAAUGCACAUUGAACUAACUGCAACAUGUCUAUCAUUCACCUUGGUGCCUUUGCCUUGUUUUGUCAUUGUUUUCUUUCUUACCCGUUUCACUCACAUUGUCUGUGGCACUCUUGGUUUGUCUUACAAUUAUGUAUAUAAAUGUGAUUUUAUUUAGUCUGUAUGUAAAAGGAAAUGUUUGUUUCAUGUAUUUUUUUAACAGAUAAAAUCAUUAGUUCCUAUAAAGUAUGGGUGCUGGUCUAGCGUCUUUGUAUAUAUCACUCUGAUCCGUGUUCAAUAGUAAAGGUCCCGCCACAUGCUUUCACCAUGACUAUGGAAAUACAAAUGUUGACUUUGUGUGAGAGAAUAUUUGUUUUUUAUUUCAUUCUGUUCAUUUGUUUUCAUUCCUUCCCAGAGUACAUUGUUUCCUUUUGUAUUAUAGAAUAUCAUUUAUUUUGUAUCUGUCAGAUAUAUUACCGAUUUGGGUGUAUAAAAUAUAUUCACAAAACGAUCAUUUGUAUCAAACUGCUCUCACAUCAUUGCACUUUACAACACCCCAACCUGUUAGGAUUGCACCAUCUCUCGUUUGGGUGGUGUUGUCAGUUCACUGAAGCCAUCAAUGCCCAGGGAAUUCAAGCAGAGUCUGCUUACAUGUAACAUUGGAUGUGUUAAGAGGCUCAGAGGAUCUACAGUGUCAUUGCAUUUGUAAUGUUGGUUACAUUAUAUAUGAAAGGAAUAACAAAAUAAAACAUUCUGUCCAUUUCC